AUGUGUUUACAAACUCAACGUUUAUUAGCGUUCACAGUGGAAGAAAUCGAUCGAUCAAAUAAAAAUAAUUAUAGUAAAAUAAAUAGUCAGAUUAACGCAGAUGAUAUUCAAGAACGUCCAUUUGAAGAUUAUAAAUUUAUAAAUUUAUUAUUCUAUAAUACAUAUUUUCCUACAUUAUUUAUUGCGCCGUAUAUACCAUUCAAAAAUAUCAUGCCGUCAUUUUUUGAUCAAAAUUAUGACUAUGAAUGGUUGCAUGACAUUACAUGGAUGAAAACUGCCUACCCUUAUCUGUUAAUAUUUACCCUUUUAUCUCUUAUGUUCAGUAAUAUACAAAUAAUUUUCAAAAAAAUGAAGUUUUAUUCAUCCACUACUGUUAAUAUAUUUGUUUAUACCAUGUGUUUACAAGUUCAACGCAUACUUGCAUUUACAAUGGAAAAGUUUGAUUAUGAAAGAAAAGCUGAAGAACAGAAAAGUCACCAAACACCAACUGUUGAAAAUGAUACAAAAACAAUAGUAGUUAAUGAUGAUAGAAAAAUUAUAAUUAAUAUUGAUCUUUCAUCUCAUGGAACUAAAGGUUAUUGUUUGAAGAAUUUAUUAUACUACAAUUUUUAUCCACCACAUUUGUUUCUGGCACCCUAUAUUCCAUUCAAAAAUAUCAUGCUAUCACUUGAAAAAACCAAUAUAUCGUUCAAGAAUAUAUUAUUUAAUUUAUGUCAUGUGGCGUUCAGUUAUGUUGUAUAUGAAGUUUUUGUUCGAUAUUAUUCAUUCUAUUUCUUACAACAAUCUUAUUAUUCGAGUUAUUUAUCAUCUUAUUCCUUAUGGUCAAUGCAUACAUUCAAUACGGCAUUACAUAAUAUGUUUUCAACAAAAUAUAAAGUAUUAUUUGGAAUGUACACCAUAUUUGUGUUGCUUGAUGGGUGUCAACCACAACCGAUACCAAUUUGUUUUUAUGCCGCAAGAUCAAUUGGUGAACUAUGGAGGUGA